UGAAUUCAGAGCUUCUUUAUCAGCCUUUCCUGAGAAUCAAAUUGAUGCAUUGAUCAAUAGUCGUGGGAUUGUCGACCCUUUGUUAGUAUCAUUAGCGUGGGGCCCUAGUGCCAGUGCCAAAGUGUGGCGGCAAUAUGUGAUAAACGAUUACACAUAUCACACAGCCGAUUACGGAGAGGGCCGACCAACAACGAACAGCGGGUUAUGUGUCCCGACCAUCGGUUAUGAUAAAUCCGAAACCAAUUUUUUUGGUGUCCUGCAGGAGAUUCUGGAACUUGAGAUGCCUUCUGGUGCGAAAAAAUUGACAUGCGUUCUGUUCCGUU